AUGUCCAUCCGAAACGGAUCCCUCAAAGCGACACGAUGGCUAUCGAACGAGCUUGGUCUGGCAACAAUGAAGACCGCCGGAAAGGACGUUUACAUUCUUAUUCUGGCGCGUUACGUCCGGCUGACAGCCUACGGUGCAGUCGCGCUAAUCCUGGCUCUCUACUUCCAAGAACUCGGCUUCACGGACGAACAAAUUGGACUAUUCAUGACACUGACGCUACUCGGCGAUGUCUUGAUCAGUCUUCUUCUGACGCUGGUCGCGGACUCGGUUGGACGCAGGACGAUACUUUUGUUCGGAGCGAUUGCCAUGGCUGCAUCGGGUGCGAUAUUCGCGACGACAAGCAACUAUGUCUACCUACUUAUGGCUGCAAUCAUCGGUGUCAUCAGCCCCAGUGGGAAUGAGAUUGGGCCGUUUAGAGCGGUGGAGGAAUCUACGUUGGCACAUUUGGUGCCGGAGGCUCAACGCUCUGAUGUAUACACUUGGUACGUGGUGCUGGCGGUACUCGGCACGUCUACCGGCCUCGUAGUCGGCGGAACGGCCGUGGAUCAUCUACAGGCCAAACCGGGGUGGACCGAUCUGGAUGCAUAUCGCGCCAUCUUUUGGAUAUACACCGGCGUCGGCUGUGUCAAGGCUCUCAUGACUCUACUUCUAAGUCGACAUUGCGAACAUGCCGACCACAGGUCAAAUCAGCCCAAGGAAAGUGAUGAGACGGAGCCGCUCCUCAAUAGUACAGAUGGCCCGGAUGGUGAUGAAGCCGAUUCCCAGGUCGCUACUCCGGUAAAGAAGCCCAAGAAGAUGUGGAGUUCGAUCAGCACCAUUUCGAAACCUAGCCGUGGAGUCUUGUUCAAGCUGUGCAGCCUGUUCUUCUUCGACUCGCUUGGCAGUGGCAUGGUUCCGUUCUCUUUGAUCAACUACUACAUGGAGAGAAAGUUUGAUCUUGCAAAGGGCAAACUUGGUGGAAUCAUGUCCGCUACAUGGUUUGUCUCUACGAUUGGUAACGUAUUUGCCGCAUCUCUAGCCAGGCGCCUCGGCCUCAUACAAGCAAUGGUCGUGACCCAUCUCCCAAGCUCUAUCUUUCUAGGCCUGGUUCCUGUGCCCUCUGGUCUGCCAUUGACGAUUUGCCUUCUCGUAGGCAGAUCAGUGCUGAACUCGAUGGAUCAAGCACCGCGCUCAGCAUUUUUGUCACUCAUUGUCCUGCCCGAAGAGCGGACAGCGGUCAUGGGCGUGGUUAAUAUACUCAAGACGCUGGCACAAAGCUCAGGUCCGUCUCUGACGGGCGUUCUGGCUGGCCGUGGUCACUUCUGGGUAGCAUUUGUUGUAGCAGGCUCUUUGAAAGCUGCGUAUGAUGUAAUGCUACUGGCAUUCUUUGGUGGGAAGGUGCACCCACGCAAGGAUGGGCCACUUGAAGAGAGCGGUGAUUCGAGCGACGAGACUGGCAAUCGUGAAAAUACGCCUGAGGCUCCAACUCCUGACCCAGGCUUCACUUCAGACCAAGCUGUUGUCGAAGGCACGGUUAGACAGGAGGUGGCAAAAGGCUGUUCCACGGCGAAGCGGGUCAGAGCGUGUCCAUCCAUGCCUCUCGACAUGUCGCACACUGUGGGAUGGGGAAUGAUCGGCUCGGGCUGGGGUCGCCGCGCGCCGCUCAUCUCCAACCUUCUGGAUCGAUCCUUGCUAAAACAAAUCCGACCGAUGGCGCCCGCGAUUCUGACUCAGCAACCCAAGAUUUUGUUCUUGGACGCAUACGACUCCUUCUCAAACAAUAUCGUUGCCUUGGUCGAACAGAACGUGGAUGCGGAAGUUGUCAAAAUUUACAUUGAUGACCCGAACUUCGUGGGGAGCCAGGAUGCAAAGAGCACGGGUGCCUUUCGGGAAUAUUUGAAGGAAUUCGAUGCAGUCAUUGCUGGUCCUGGACCAGGCUGGGCCAAAUGCAACACAGAUGUCGGCCUCAUGAAAGAGCUCUGGUUGCUUCAAGAUGAGGAUCUUGUACCUGUACUGGGAAUAUGUCUGGGCUUCCAAUCGCUCUGCCUUGCGUUUGGUGCGGACAUCGAAAAGCUGAACGAACCAAAGCACGGAAUCAUAUCCGCAGUCUUGCACGAGGGUCAAAGCAUUUUCCGAAAUGUUGAGCAAUUGCUGGCGACACAAUACCACUCCUUGCAGGUGAAGCUCAACCAUCCAAUCCAGACCAAGCGAGCUGUCAAAUACCCGGCGCAACUCUGGGAGCCGACCAAACGCUGUCCACACCUGGAACCAUUAGCUUGGGAUUUUGAUAGCGAGCUCAACGGCGCAGUACUCAUGGGCGUUAAGCACGUGCUCAAGCCAUUCUGGGGUGUCCAAUUCCACCCGGAGUCCAUCUGUACAAAUGCUGAGGGUACACGUCUCAUUAAAAAUUGGUGGGAAGACGUGCAAGCCUGGAAGAGGAAGCGCAUGUUUAGACAUAUUGCACCCAAGACUUCCCUUGACUCACAUCCCUCCAUGCCUGUCACCUUCAAAGAAAUACGCCGCGAGCUAGGCAUACAGGGUGGGCCAGUAAAGCCUAAUUACAGGCGUGGAUCGGCCAUCCAGUCCCUUGAUAGCGAUACGAUUGCUCCCCAUGAGCUGGCGUCCUUGGUGGCUCACGGCGACGGGCAUUUACUUCCCGAUCUCCCACCAAGUACUGUUCAUUGCCUCACAACGGGAAGUGGAAGGCUCACUGUCGCCGACGUAUGCGAACUUCUCGACAUCCCGAGGCAUGAGGCUAUAGUUCUAGAGUCAGGGUUGCAGUCCAACCUAAUGCCCAUGGCAAUCGGCACGGGAAGAUACAGCAUCAUUGGGCUGAUCAUUCCUGGGGAAACUUUGCGACUACAUUACUAUGCCAACAUAAGAUUGAUGCAGCUCAGAGAUGGACACGAUGAAUUGCAUACUGAAUGGACUGUGGCGGACCCCUGGCCAUACAUCAAAGAGGUCAUGAAGAGCUUGCAACCCUCGACACCACCUCGUACAUCUACCUGGGCUCCAUUCUGGGGAGGACUCAUGGGGUAUGCAUCAUACGAAGCCGGACUGGAGACCAUCAACGUCGAAGUCGACCCAGCAGGAUACCCGGAUAUCUGCUUUGCGUACGUCACACGAAGCAUUGUAUUUGACCAUCAAGUCAAGAAAGUCUACGUCCAAAGCAUUCGUGGGACCGACGACGAGGAAUGGGUAGAAGAAAUACAACAAAAGAUCUACGAAGCCGCCGCUUAUAAGUCACUGGAGUCGACUCCAAGCUCCUCGCCCGUUGCCAACAGAAACGUAAAGAAUCCUUUCGACGAGCAGGGCAUCAUGUUUCAGUAUAUUGAUUCAUGUGAUCAACUCAUGGUCAGCGCCGACAAGUACUGUGACAAGGUGCGCUCAUGUCAGGACGCCAUAGCUGAUGGCCAAAGCUACGAGCUCUGUCUUACCACAUGCAACUGUAUCCGCGCUCGUACCUCGAUAGCUAGCAGAAUAUCGCAGUCGGAGGACAACGAGCAUUCUUGGAAGAUGUAUAGACGCCUCACUGGACAAAACCCUGCCCCAUUCAGCGCGUACAUGAGGAUGCACAAUGUACAUAUCCUCAGCUCUUCUCCGGAGCGGUACAUCAGCUGGGACCGAUCUCAGACGGCACAGUGUCGGCCAAUCAAGGGCACAGUACAAAAGAAGCCAGGCGUUACGCAGGAGAUGGCGCACGCGAUUUUAUCUUCUUCCAAAGAACGCGCGGAGAACCUCAUGAUUGUCGACUUGACUCGACAUCAGCUUCAUGGUGUCUACGGCUCUAAGAACGUACGAGUCAGCCAAUUGAUGGAGGUCGAGGAGUAUGAGACACUUUGGCAACUUGUCUCUGUUGUGGAUGCAGUGCCUAGUGGGGUUCGCAAGGCAAACACACCCGAAGAGUGGCAAGAGCCGACCGAGCGCAUCGCCCCCGUCGGCCAAGAAGUCCCAUACCUAGGCUUUGACGCCUUUGUCGAGAGCCUACCGCCAGGCAGCAUGACUGGCGCACCGAAAAAGCGAUCUUGCGAGAUCCUGCUGAAGCAAGAAGAGGGCGUGAGGCGCGGCAUCUAUUCUGGUGUGCUCGGAUAUCUAGAUGUCGGAGGCGGAGGCGACUUCAGCGUUGUGAUUCGCACCGCUGUCAAGAUCGACAAUCCAGACGACAACAACAAGGUCGAUCUCUGGCGUAUCGGUGCUGGAGGCGCGAUUACUAGCCAGAGUACGCCUGAAGGCGAGCAUGAAGAGAUGCUCGCCAAGUUCCAGAGCACCUCGCGCGCAUUCAGGCAUCUGCCACCUCCCAAGCCUCCGCUGAAGGCCAAGAGGAUCGUCAUCGAAGAGCCAAUUAGUCCAGAGUUUUCCGAGCUCCUGGCGGGUCUGCGAGCGAUAGGAGACCCGGCAGACAUAGAUGAUUUGAGUCUUGACGAUGCGCAGAUGAUGUGGAGGUGUAAGAUGACUAAGCGAGCAUUUGGUGGAGACGUGUUACCGGCGAUGCGCGUCCAGGUACACAGCUUCGACGACCGCAACAACCACACUUACGACCCCGCAAUCGCAAUGGCGACAGAGGCGCCUGACCCUCGAACCUUCCAAAGCUGGGAAGAUGCAUUCCAAUACCCCAUUCCCAUAGUCCGCAAGCUCGAACGGCAGCUCCGCAACAAUGCCGACGAGAAUCGCGAGAAGCUGCGGUCGCUCGUGGGAACGAGCUACCGCAACCUCCUCGCCACGGCCGAAACAAUCAUCGACAUGGAAGUGCAAAUGCAGCAGGUCGAAGCCAAGCUUGCAAGAAGGCGUGGAGCGCAUAUCGAACAACGCGGUCAAAAUGGAUUCGCAUGCGCGCAGUCACGGUCAGUCCUUGCCGCCGCUUUGAGGACGCGCAGAGUGUUGACGCAAGACACAGACGUGCUGCGAUAUACCUUUGCAUCACAGCUGGCGGUGCUGCGCAAUGCGCCGGUCAUCAUGGCAAGGUUGAUGAAGAGAGAGGGCUCGUAUUUGCUUAUUGCGAAGAUACUCGUUAUCUCAAGACUGCUGCAUAAGGCGCUGGGUCAGGCGGAGAAUAAACCGCCGAUUGUCGAUCAGUUGUGGGAGAAGGUGCUGUCGAUGCGGCGCAAGCUGUUGAGGAGGAUUGAUAAGCGGCUUGCGAGCACGGCGGGGGAAACGGGGGGGUUGGUCGAGAGUAUGUGCGCGUACGCGCUGGCGACGAGUUCGGCGCCGUCAGAUGUUUUGCUGCAUUUUCACAAGGUGCGCUUGGAGAAGGUGGUUGGGGGGCUCAAGAGGGCGGAUGAUGAGCUGGCGAGGCAUGGAAUCACUGCGCUGAAGCUGUGCAUACAGACGUGUCUCGACACGCAGACCAUCUUCCCGCGACGGCUGGCUGAUGCGUUGGCGAAGUUGAAGGCACAUCCUUUGAUUCAGGAUGCGGAUGUCCGAGGGCUUUACGAGUUGAAUCUGGAUGUGCAUGAUCGUUGGAUUGGGGACGAAGCGCGGAAUUAUACGCCCUGGCCACGCCACGAUGAGCUACAAAGACCCGAGGCGGAGAAGAUUCUACAUCGUUGGUCGAAAGAUGCGAUUGCUGCGUUCCUGAAAGGCAUCAAGAAGGCGCUCGAUGGAGAAGAUCGCCUCAAAGAAGUAGCGCACUUGCGACAGGAGCUGAUUGAGACGUGGAUUCUGUCUGGCUCGCGCAUGGCGGGCGUCAAGUCUGCCAACGUGCUCGACGACCUGCGUGACACAAUGAACGAGAAGCUGGAAAGUAUCGUUCGUGCGCGCACACAGGGAUUGCAAAGUGUAGUCUCGGAGUUGGCAACUCGAGUAGACGACCGCACAUCAUCUGAUUCCUCUCCCGCCUCCCUAUGGCACACAACAGAAAAAAGUUCAGACCUAAGCAACGGCGCCGAGAAGUUCAAAAGCACCAUCCUCAACACCUACCAGGGCCGCGACCAGCAUGUAAACGGCCUCACAGCCGCAUUCGACAUGUGGAUGGAUUCAGUCCUCGAAGUCAAAGGCAUAGUCAAAAGCAUGAAAGAAGCACGCUGGGACGACACCUUCGCAGACGACGUCGACUCCGACUCCGACUCUGACCUGGGCGACUCAAAGCAGACACUGCUCAGCGACGACGAUCCACGAUUACUCGAAGACGUCACGCAAGAAGCGCUCCGCGAAGCGCUGCAGAAUUUUGGAUCAAGCUUUGCAAAAUUGGUGAGCGAGAAGAUUGGCAGCGACGGGGAUGCAAUACAUAAAGCCGUUUUCGCCACACGCAUAGCCCGCGAAAUCAGCGAUCGCAUACCGCGCUUGAAACUCCACGACAAAGCAAGCGCACUCGCAUCCCCGUUCGAUAACGAGACUUUACAACACCUCCGCGCAGUCUUGACGUUGAGUAUCACGUCCCCGACGAUCCAAGCGUAUCAGGCUUCGCUAGCGAAAUCUCUGACUUUGUCAUCGAACAAUCACAUCUUGUGGGAGGGCAAUCCCGCGCUCCCUGGGCAGCCGUCGCCUAGUACGUUCAGGUUUCUGAGGGAGGUGAAUAGGCAUAUGGCAGAGAUUGGGAGUGAUCUCUGGGCGGCGGAGUGUACGCGUGUGUUGAAGAAGAAGGUUGCGGAGGGGGUCAGAGGGGUUUUGGAGGGCUUUGUUGAAGAUGUUAAGAAGAGCGCGGAAGGGAAGACGAAGACAGAGGAGGAGGAUGAAGAAAACGAGGAAGCCGAUGCUGACGACGAUUCUGCACGUGUUGAAGUACAGCAGCGGCGACUCAAGCAGGUGCUUUUCGAUGCGCUGUUUAUCCAGCGCUUUACAAGCACUACAGAGGAUGGGAAAGAUGGGCUGGAAGUCUUGGUGGAGAAGGUCGACGUUGAUUUGGAUGAGGAGGGGGUUAAGAGGCUCAAGAAGAACGCGGGCGAGUAUGCGAAGAAGACGUAUUUGCUGUUUGCGCUGCUAGCCUAG